GGAUGCAAUCUUGUUUUUUUUUUUUUGGGAAUAGAGACGCAGGCGACUUAUUGCGAGAUAUUGGUUGGGAUUUUGCUGAAAGAACGGGAACGUUUCCUAUAAGGAGAUAUGAUUAUACAAUAAGGGAGAAACAGAGAGUCUACACAUCCAGUGAGCAGACUGACAAAGCCCUGCAGACUCCUCCUCCCUCCACCUCCCUUAACUCAUUCACAAGAUAACCGAGAAUAUCCGCAUUCACAAAACAGAGUGUCACAGAUCAGCACCACCUCACACGAUCUGCCUGUGCUGAGCAGAGAUGUACACAGGGAGGGAGCCAAGAAGACUCCUCUAGUGCACGACCCUAUGCAUCGCUUUGGCGCACAGAUGUUUACAGAAGACGUCCUUCCAACCAAAAGCCAUAGCUGGGGAUUUAUCCGAAAGACCCUCGAAUCCUGGAAGUACACGCUACGCUGCUAAGCUGUCGCCUACGAUUCGCCUGAUAGCCCUUUUUUUUAAUUUUAUUUUGUCGCCAUCCGCAUACGAUGUGCACGCCGGCGCGUCUGCUGGCGCAGCAUUUUGGGGACACACCUUCGUUUUUAUAGAUCCAGGAGGAGGAUUCAUUCAGAUUUUAAUUUUUUUUUUUCGUUUUUUCGUAUUCCGAUCACUAGGAUGCAUACAAAGGGCAAGACGGGGAAUCGCUAACUACCUGGGAUCUGGGUGGGGACUUUAUAGAUAUACUCAGAGCACCAUGGACCUCAAGUCUCACCUAGGAUCUUCAGAUGUACCUUGAUGGACAAUACCACAUAAAACCAUUGACAUCCAAAGACGGAAUUUUGUUGCAUAGCUACGAGAAAGAAUUAUAAAUGAUGGAGAGUUCUACUGGGGACGUCCAACAGGUCCUUUCCAUAGACCAAAUCCGUUCCAUCAGGGCCAACAAUGAUUAUGUGGAGCGACCCACUGUCUCGUUCAUGCAAACCUGGUCAAAUCCUUCACUUUCCCAACAUGCUGCAAAGCAAGAGUGGCCUAAUGAUCACCUGGUCUUCUACAACCACCAGGAUCUUCAUCGCAGCCAAAGUCAUCAACACCAAUCACAACAUCUUACCCACGAUUUAAGCCAUUCCAGUACAAUAAGCUCAGUGUCUAGAAGCACCACAGCUUCAGAUCAAAGACUACUAACUGGGGUAACCCCAUCUAAUUCAAGACAUUCUCUUAUGAGGACACAGCCCAAGGAUGGAGACCUAAAGCAAGAUCAAUUUAUCAAAGGAUUAAUGGAAAAGUCUGACAGGUAUAUGGGCCACCUUUUUAUCUGUGAAGAGUGCGGGCGCUGCAUAUGUGAUGAGUGUACGCAAGUUCGGAAACUUCCUUCUUGUUGGAUUUGUGACCAGCGCUGCUUGUGUUCUGCCGAAAAUGUAAUAGAUUAUGGAACUUGUCUUUGUUGUAUCAAGGGCCUCUUCUACCACUGUUCUUCUGACGAUGAGGACAACUGUGCCGAUAAUCCUUGUUCUUGCAGCCAAGGCUCCUGUUGUGCUCGAUGGGCCAUCAUGAGCCUCCUCUCUUUCUUCAUGCCCUGUCUAUGCUGCUAUCCUCCUAUGAAAGGUUGCCUGACCCUUUGCCAGAAGGGCUAUGAUAAAGUAAAAAGACCAGGCUGUCGUUGUGAAAAUCACACCAACACGGUCUGCAGAAAAAUAUCCUCAUCUAGUGGCACACCAUUUCCAAGGCCUUUCGAUAAACCGGUAUGACCUAAGAGGGCCGCUUUGGAAUUAAUCCUACUUCAUUAUUUCCCUGAAUCUUCUCUGAUAUAUUCCUCUUCUCGGAAACACUUUGGUGCCAGAGUCAGUGAAAGCCUUACCAAGAUCCCACUUGCAAUCCAGGAAUGCAAUGUAAUAUGGAUCAAUGAUCCUACGAGAGUAAAGCGCAGAAAAAUAACUUUAUAACUCAACAACUAAAAUGCUAUGGUAAGUUUCGGAGAUACCUCUGCCACCUCAUCUUCAGGUAACAAUGGGAUGUCAUAGAAGAAGGAUUGAACAUUCUUGAACUUGAAAAAAAAGAAGAAACUUUUACAAAAGACUGAAGGAUUGACAGCUUAGUGAACUUAUUGAGCUUUCGGUGAAUGAUUCUUUGAGCUUGUUGGCUGUUCCGAAUGACUGAAAUACAGUAGGAACUCAAGAUGAAAGACUAUGAGAAACAUGAAAAUGUGUGCACUUUAAUACAGCAGACAGAGCAAUUGCAAGAAGAACUGUAGAACAGUAUAGAUAUUAGGGAUAAACUGUCGACAUGAAUCAAACAGGGAAAACAAGAUGAAUCUUCAGAAGAUGCCCGAUUGAAGUAGAAUUAAUGCCUGGUUAUAAACCCACAACCUAGAACACAUCCCAUCCAAACUGGGGAGCGACAUUUUUGUUUUUCUCAAUUUUAAAAGAAAGCUUUUAGCAAACUUAUCGACGAGGCAAAAUUACAUUUUGUCAUAUAUCACGAUAUGAUGUAAACCAAAGAGAUAUAUUUUGCAUGGAUAGGUUAUGUUUCUUUAUCAUGCCCUAUAUUGAUAUAGUUGUUCAUUUUGUUGCCAUUUCUUCUCAGGUGGCACUUAAAGCUAAGAUUGAAAUCUCCACUGCAUAGAAACCUUACCGGCAGUGUUUUGUAGGUCUUCUUCAGCAGUGAAUUCAGUCGCAAAGUUGACUUGUUGGUGGGAACCGAUAGUGUAUUACAUUGGUUUCCACCAUUGUUGAGAAACGAUGUACCAUUUCUUUCAGAAAAGGUACCAAUGGCAUAAAAAUGACCAGAUUACCAAGUGUUCAUGCUGAAGCCUCAUUCACUGUACAUUGCACUUUGCGAAAAUUCUGCAAAAAAAAAAAGAAAAGUAUAUAUAUACAUAUAAAGGUGCUUAUAUCUACUGAUUGUCCAUGUAUUAUGGAGUGUUACAUGUAAACUUCUCAAAGUGACCAAGGUUUAAAUAAAUCUAUAAAUAUAUCUAUUGGAAAAAUCAGGGAGUCAGGAGCUAGAUAGCCAAUAAAUUGAGAAGUGGAAUUCUGACGCCUACUUUUUGGAAGGUCGUUUCUCUAGAUCUGGCGCUUAGUAGUCUUAAACAGCACUUAUUAUCUCAUCGUUCUCAUGAACUACCGAUUGGAAUUCAUCUACCACUCCCCUCCCCCCCCCAAAAAAAAUUAAAUAAUUCAACACAGAUCGAAUGGUAUACAGUAUGUCCAUUAGCUGCUAGAGAGAGGUUGUUCCUCUCAGUUCAGAUUGGGUUUCAUACAUUAUUAAUUUAUAAAACAUAUCCGGAAUAGUGGUGCUCCGUCCCUCACAAGGUCAAACAGGCAGAUUCUAUAACAUAUACAAUACAAUGGUACCAGUAAAACAUAUAAUUCAUAGUAACUAACAGAUAACUUAGCGUUAUUCUGACUAUACUACAUUGGUUAACAUCUGAUUGGUAUAAAUGGUUAUAUAUCUUGAUAUCCUAUAAAUCGACAUACCUCCUACCAUGAAUAAGGGAGGCAGCCAUGGCAUUAUAGUAUAUGUAUGGCAAUACACCUAUUGCUUUACAGUGGGAUUAGGUUUCAGAACUUAUUUAUGACAUAUCCUAAUAUACCUAUCAGUUUCAUAUGAAUAUAAUAUGGUCACAAGGGAUACAACUCUUGGUCAACCUGUAGUCAACUGAACCAAUGGGGUAUUUUGGUUUAGUAAAACUGCAGAAAGAGUUGGGUCCAUAUGGGAAAUUGUAACCAUAUUACUGUCAUAUGAAAGCAGCCUUAUUAUGUGGCCUGAACUCUAAAGGUGGAUAUAAACCAUGAAUAGCUGUAAGCCAAGCAUUGGUUUAGCCAACCCGAUUUUCCCAUACACAUGAAUAUUCGGCACAGCUGACCAUUUAUGUGUUCUAAAUGGAAAAAGGAGGGGUAAGCCACUGCCAGACAGGUCUGGCAGGGGCUCUUCUCUCUGAAAACCAAAGGGUUGGAUCGCUGAAAUCCAACAUGCCCAACCCUUCCCUCCCCAACUUCAUCUGUCGGGUAAGAGAGUUGGAAUGCCCCAUAUAUUUUAGACCAGUGGUCUCAAACUGUGGCCCUUCCAUGCUGGGAGUUGAAGUUUUGCAACAUCCGGAGGGCCACAGUUUGAGACCACUGCUUUAGACAGUUGGCCGGUCCCACCAAAGUCAACGGGCUCGGCUGAAUUGGGACUAAAGUUCAUGGGGACCUUUAUUGAACCGAUAGGCUGUACUGUCAUGAUUGGUGGAAAACAAACCUUUUGAUAAGCUUCAAGAAAGUUAUCUAGUCUACCUGUGAAGUCAGAUCACCUCGAUAUGAAGUCACAUGAAAAUCAUUCAAUGCUUACGAUAUAGCUAAUAAUUCGUAACAAGAAAAGAAAAAAAUGUAUGUAAAAUGUCUAAGAAAAUCUAUAUUUUUGAUCUUUUUUUACAAACAUGAAAAUAUUAGCAUUAAAAUUAUUUAUGAGAAUCAGUGUAUGCUUUAUUGAAUAACUGGACCUUGCUAAAGUAGGUCUUGGUCGCAUGCCUGGUACCCAUGUAUUCAAUUUGUUAAGCAUGAAAGAAAGUGAUACAGAUACGAUAUACAGAGUGGAGAAAAAAAUAAUGACUGGGAAGGCAUCGAUAAAUAAGCUCAUCAAAUCUGUACAAGAAUGUGGUUCACUUUUGUAGAAAAGAAAUAUUUUGGAAUAUAUUAUAAAAUUUUUAUCUUUUUUUCUGGGAAGAUUCCAUAUAUAUAUGUUCUCUGUUUUUGUGAGAGAAUACAAUUAUAAAUAUAUAUCUAUCUAUCUAUGUUAGAAAAAAAAAUGAUUGCAGUGGCAAGAAUGUCAUGCAUGGUCCACGGGCACUUACCGAAUUUUCCCAAAUUAAAGUGUGUUUUCCUUAUUUACCCAUUCACCAUUCCCCAUAUUCAAUUUUGUUCCCAAAAAGAUAUCCUCCUUUUUAACUAUUUAAUGAGAUAAAUAAGUUAUAGUAGUUGCCUAUAUUUUUUUUUACCUGAAAAACUAAAAGAAAGUUAAAAUGAUUUUUCUGCACCAUAUUUUUUUAAUAAACCAUUUUUUGUCAUUUUUUUUAAAUAAAAAUGAGUUUAAAGGGGUACUCC